GCAGAUCUAUUGCUGUUGGCUACGUAUGCAGAAUAAGUUCGAGUUACCAUCCUGUUAUAGUUUUUAUCAUCAUUAUAGUUGAUAAACGUCUUGUAAAGACGUUAUCAGCUUACUGGCUUCGGGCUUCAGUCCUCUCAGUUAAGUUGGUAUCGUCUUUGCGUCAUGCCAUAUUACAUACAGAGACUCUAUAAUACUUGUAAAUCUGCGUUGUCUCCUAAUGGACCCGUGUCGGAAGAAGCCCUCGAAAAAGUUCGUGCCAUGUUAGAAAAAGUCAAGCCCUCUGAUGUAGGUCUUGAACAGGAGGCGCAAGUCGUUCGUAAUUGGCAGGAACCUGUGCAGGAACGUAAUGGGAGACGGCAACCAUUGCCACCAAUUAAAUACUUGCAUUUGCAUGAGUGUGAUAGCUUCUCCAUAGGUAUUUUCUGUAUGCCUCCAACUUCUAUCAUACCUUUUCAUAAUCAUCCUGGAAUGACGGUGUUGAGCAAACUAAUUUAUGGUUCCUUACACGUCAAGUCAUAUGACUGGUUUGAUUUUCCAGGACUUGAUGAUAUUUCCGAAGCUCGACCUGCAACGCUUGUAAAAGAUACAGAAAUGACGGCACCUACUCCAACCACUAUUCUAUAUCCUACAAGUGGAGGCAAUAUCCAUAGCUUCAAGGCCAUCACACCUUGUGCUAUUUUUGACAUCCUUUCUCCCCCUUAUUCAUCAGAACAUGGACGGCACUGUACUUAUUUCCGGAAGUCUCAUAGGAAGGAUCUUCCUGGUGAUCUUGAAUUGGAUGGAGAUGGAGUUUCAGUUUCUGAACUGACAUGGUUAGAGGAAUAUCAACCUCCCGACAACUUAGUGAUCCGGAGAGGGCUGUACAAGGGACCUGUGAUUAGAACUUGAUCAGUAUUCCUGUUUUAGCUGUAGCAUGCAUUUGAAAACUGCAUCUUCUAACUAUGAAUGAUUGAGCGAAAUUCCGGUAUAUGGACUGUUCAUAGUCAUUAAAAAUAGCGAUAUUGACUCGACUUAGCUGGAUAUAUUUGGCUUGCACAUAUGUUGCAUUGCACCUAAUUGACCAUUUUCAUUUAUCUACCUCACUUUGUUUGAUGAUA